ACUCGCUGGACAUUAAUGUGGGGGGAAUCAGCUUGCUUAAAAUCCAGUUUUCAGCUGCUCUUCGCUCAGUCCAUGUCCUGGUCUGCUCGAACACACAAGUCUAUCAGGAAGCAGAAUUCAGUGUACGGAUACACUACUUUGAGUAUGAGCUUCUUUGGGCAACGGCAAGCAGGGGAGGAACCAGAAAAUCGACUUAUGCCGGGCCCUGAUGACGAUGAUGAUGGCAUACAUGAGGUUGAGGGUAUUGAGAUGCAAGUUCCCAAGAAUCUCAGGGUUCCGGAUAUUGAGACGCCAGGUCCCAAGAAUGAAGCACUUAAUUCAAGAGAUCAAAUAGAGAAAACGAAAAAGAGGCAACAACCGGAGUGGGUUGGGAAAUUCUCCCAACAUCUUUUGCAACAAUCAGAGCGGAUUGGGAAAGUCUCCCACCAUCUUUGGCAACAAUCAGAGCGGAUUGGGAAAAAGGUCCUCCCAAAGAGGAAGCCAUCAGCUCAAUUCUGGUAUAACUUUUUGGCAGGGUCGUGUGUGAUUUCAGUAUCAGUGGAUCCUUUCUUCUUUUACAUUCCCGUGAUCAAUGAAGUCGGAAAGUGCGUUGAUUUCGAUAGAAAAUUAUACAGCGUAAUUGUUUGUCUCCGAACGCUCCUAGACGGCAUUUCUCUUGUGGAUAUCAUAUUGCCAUUUCUUCGUUCUUGUUUACACAAGGAGAAAGAAACGAAGGGAGAUACUAGUGUUUGGCUCAGAAUAAAGAGGUACUUGAAAGUCGCAAAUGAUAUCAUUGCUAUUCUUCCAAUCCCGCAGGUGCUAUUUCUAAUUCUCUUUUCAAAAAUGAGAGGUUACAAAUCUUUGAACACGAGGAAAGUCUUGAGCGGUUUUGUUCUAUUCCAAUAUCUGCCAAGAGCUGUUCGUGUCUACCUGUCAUGGACAAAAGUAUUCAUGCACAGGAAUAAUAUGGUCAUCCACCUAUCUAAGACCGUCAUUUUACUAAAAGCUGGAUUCAACUUGUUUCUAUUCAUUAUUGCCAGUCAUGUACUGGGUGGUUUAUGGUACUUUUUCUCCGUCUUGCGGGAGACCGCUUGCUGGCACCUCGCCUGUGAAAACCGUACUGAAUGUGAUCUAAGUUCUUUUGCCUGUAACGACAGAUCAAUUAGUUAUGGCAAUUUCACAUUUUUAAACGAUUCUUGUCCAAUAGCAAUCCCAAAUACAAAGGCCUUUGAUUUUGGAAUAUUCCAAGUAGCACUUCAAUCUGGUAUAGUGGAAUCCAUGGAUUUUCCGCGAAAGACCUUGUACUGCUUUUGGUGGGGCCUCCGAAAUUUGAGUUCUUUUGGUUCAAACCUUCAAACAAGUCCGCAUUUCUGGGAGAACGGCUUCGCAGUUUUAACUUCCAUCACUGGCUUGGUUCUGUUUGUAUGCUUGCUUGGACAUUUGCAGAUGUAUACGCAGUGGGAGGCAUCUAAGCAGUUGGAGGAAGCUAAGCAAAGGGAGUUGGAGGAAGCUACGAAUAUUAGAAUAUAACCAUUGGCGGCACUGUUGAAGAUUAAACUUGAUUUAUUGCAAGAGGCCACAAUUUACUAAGUUGAUCAUUUACGAGAUAUGUGAAAACUGGAAAAAUUUCUUUUCAUUAUACCUAGGUGUGCAACGUCUAGUAAAUCUGAAUGGCCAUAAAUGUCAUUAAUUUAAUUUCCAGAAUUUUCUUUUGGUUCUAUAUAUUGAUGUACUAAAACCAUGCUUGAGAAAAUGAGAUAAACAGAGUACUGGCGUA